GAAGGGUGGAGCAAACGAGAACACGACACGACAGCCUUCAUCUUCAUCAUCCUCCUUCACGAGUCAACUCCGCGCUCAUGCACUAGAAGCGUUCGCGUCGUUCGAACAAGUUGAAAAAGUGUGAACGCAGAAAGCAAACUAAACUAGUGAGUGAAGGAAUGAGAGCAGAUACAGAGCGAACUGAACGCGACGCUCGGUGACGUCACUGCACGACAGAACGCUGCUGGACGCGGAACGGCAUCUGGACACACGGAACGAUGACUGUGAAAAACAGAAACAAGAACAACUCCAACUCCAACGACAAAACUGCCCCGAGUCAACAGCACGAUGAGGCGCCGAAGAGAAGUCCUAAAGUCGCUAAAGCUGAGAACGCGCCGGUCUCGAGCCGCGGAUCCGGAUCAGACGCGCUGAAAAAGUUCUUAUCCGCGUUAUUUUAUCUGGCGCUGGCGGCCGGAGCCGUGUUCGCGUCCCUGUACCUCCAUCAAGAGCUGUCGGACAUCAAACAUGCGAACUCCAGACAUGAAGAAUCAAUGAAGAAGUGCACGGCAGCGGCGCGUGAGGUGGAACAUGCACUCCAACAGAUCAGGUCCAUGAAGGCGUCUCUGGAGGGUUUGGAGAGCACGGUGGUCAGUGCCAGGACUGAUCUGGAAAGCACCAGCCGCGCGGUGCAGAAAGGAGAGGCCGACUCCCGGCGGAUGGAGGACGCACUCCAGAAACUCCAGAAUAAGCUCUUCCGGGACCUGGCAGAGGGCAUUCGGGAGGUGAAGGACACUCGGGAGAAGGACAUGUCCUCGCUGGAGGAGCGGCUGGCCCAGCUGAGCCGCUCCCUGUCGGAGAGCGUGGCGGAGUUCGCAGAUGAACAGAGCCAGUAUAAGAGCGAUCUCCAUGAGCUCAAAGCUCGUCUGGAGGAGCAGGACGGGCCGGCAGUCCACAUGCAGGAGCUGGCAUCCAUCAGCAGCGCCGUGGCCAAUCUCAACACCGCCAACGAGGUGGCCGAGGGAAACAUGGCGGUGCUCCGGGAGCAGAUUGCAUUGGUGGGUUCCGAGCUGCAGACCAGGAACAGGGAGGUGGCGUCGGUGUCCGAGGAGGUGGGCGCCGUGAGGACGCUGGUGCAGAGCGCUGUGGGAGCCUUACGGGAGGAGGUGUCCGCAGCGCGAGCCAUCGUCCAGACCUCGUCAGACCAGCUUCAGAUUCUGAACAACCGGCAGGACCAGUCCAGCACAGCUCUCCAGAGCCUGGAAGCGCAGCUGAGAGAGGAACUGCUCAAGCUGGAGAAACGGAGGGACGACCUGGAGGUCCGACUGAAGGCCGCGGAGGAGAGCCAGGAGGUCUCGGCGUCCUCGCUGUCAGAGCAGACAAACAGACUGAACGCUCUCGAGUCCAAAUAUGAAUCCCAUGAGAACUCGCUGUCCGGCUACAGGACGGCAGCGGAGGCACUGAGAGAUGAUCUGGAGGCGAUGAGGAGCCAUCUGGGAGAGCUGCAGACGAGAGUAGCUGCUCUAGAUGAGACCCAGGAACCAGAGCAGGAACUGGAGCAGGAACCGGAACAGGAACCAGAGCAGGAGCCUGAACAGGAACCAGAGCAAGAACAACUGGAGCAGGAACCGGAGCAGGAGCCAGAGCAGGAACUGGAUGCUGUUCAAGAUGAAGAACCAGAAAGUCCUCCUGAACAGCUGGAUGAGUGAGACAAAGGCAAGCUACUGGAAGCAAAGCUGUAUUUCGGGAUGAUCGGGUGUUGUGUGUGGUAGAAAUGUGAACAAGAAGCUUUUUAUAGGAAUGAUGAAGGGAUAAACUGCUGUUUCUUCAAUCUAUGAAUACCUGCACUGUAUUUUUACCAGCUCAGCUGUUUUCCAGGGUUACUGGAGGUCUCAGUAACAGUUCAGUCUUUGAAUGUAUCAGGAUGGUAGUUUUUUUCCAAUAAAAUUUUUAUAACCCUUUCAAA